GUCAGGCUGGAGUGACGCUCUCAGCGUUAGCAGCCUCGUAGACGCGACAUGGCUUCUCUACAGCAGAAUCUGCAAAAGGGGGAAACUAAACCAGACGCACAGGCUGAGGAAGAGGGUGUGUCCUUUGGGUCUGAGAGAAACACAGCGGACCAAUCAGAGACGGUGAAGCAAGCGCCAGCUUGACAACGGUUACCAAGGAGACGGAGCGGAUGGGUGCGCUGAUUUCACAGCCAGCGGAGCAAGAGAAAGAAAAAGACAAAGAAGGAGGAGAAAGGGAGUGUGACAGUGCCACCGGAGGAGGAGGAAACGACGGCAGAGAGGAGGAGAGAACUGAGAAACCAGAUAAAACUGCCAUCACAGCACCCCCUAGUGCUGGCACGGCCGGCACUGCAACCAAGGGAAUGGCAGGCCAUGCUGCGAAGACCCUCCCCCCCUGCUCCCCCCUCUCCAAACCUGGCAGUGUCGGGGCUGUGCUGACCAGCAGAGCCAAGAUGUCCUUGACAGGUACAGGAAAGCCCCCCGCCUCCGCUCAGGGCCUGGCGAUGAGGCUGCUGAGCUUGCCAGGUACAGGGGGGGCAGGAGAGGGGGACGCAGACACCCCCCCGCCCCCUCCCAAAGUGCAUCGCGCUCGCAAGACCAUGAACAGACCCUCGGCUGCUCAGGUGUUGAGGGUCGAGUCCCCAGUGGUCCUGAAAGAAACGCUGCAGCCAGGCUCUGCUGCUUCAUCACAGGAGGAGGACAGACCAGCUCUUGUUAAGAGGCGGAGGUUGGAUUCCCCAACACAGAUGGAUCUAGAGUCAGAGCAGGAGGCUGCAAAGCAAUCUGCAUUGGCAGCUGCGGUGCCCCCUACUGGACAAAUAACACAGAACAGCAGCACCACAACUAUUGCACAGGAGGGAGUGUCCACUGUAGAGAAGGAGGCAGCCUCUCUUGAUGACCCCGCCCCCAAAGCAGAGAGAGAGGGGCCUGAGCAGGGGGAGGUGCGGCCAGAAACCCUAGGGGCGGAGCCCGUGGAUCCUGAACACGAGGAGGAGCGAGCUGAUUCCCUGGAGGACUGGGAGACAGAGGUGGGGGAGGAGUUCAGACUGUUCUAUGACAGCUACUCCAUGGACGAGCAAGCGGACUCAGACAGCAAGUCGACUGGUGAAGGGGGGUUAGAGGGCCAGCAGAGCGAAGGAGAGGAGUCUGGGAACCAGUCUGACAGAAGCUCCAGCUCGGGCGCCAGGAAGAAGGGAAAGAAGAAAUGGAGGAGUGAGAGCCCGUGGGUGAAGCCGUCCCGAAAACGCAAGAAGAAAGGAGGCAAGGGGGGUGCGGGAACCAGCGGUCCCAGUCCAGCAACUAGUGAAUACACAGAGGUACCCCUUGACUCUCUAGCACUGCAUACUGGGAAGAACCUGUCUCCACAACACCCAGGCCUGUCGACCGAUGGGAACUCCGUGGAGACAGAGCGUCUGGAGGAGCUGCCCCUGUGCAGCUGCAGGAUGGAGGCGCCGAAAAUAGAGAGAAUCAGCGAGAGAGCCAAGAACAUGUGCAUGGCAACGGAGAGCAUCGAUGGAGAGCUCAGCGGCUGCAGUAACACGAUAGUGAAGCGAGAGACGAUGCGCCCCUCCAGCAAGGUGUCUCUGAUGGUCCUGUGUGAGCAGCACCGCGCCAGGAUGGUCAAACACCACUGCUGCCCCGGCUGUGGAUACUUCUGCACCUCCGGCACGUUCCUGGAGUGUCACCCUGACUUCAGGAUCACUCACCGCUUCCACAGCUCCUGCGUGUCCCGGCUCGGAGGCCUGCUCUUCUGCCCUCACUGUGGCGAGGACGCUUCGGAAGCCCAGGAGAUCACUGUGGCAACCGCUGACACAUCCAGCGCCACGGCAACCGCAGCCCCACCCCCCUGCACCGGAGAGGGACGACCAGACUCUACCCAGGCCAGUGCUCGUAUGAGGAGCAGUGGGGAACUAAGGAAGAGCCCCUUGGAGCUGGCCCCUGCUGACUGCAUCGACAGCUCGGGACCCUCGGUCACCCUGCCCUCGGGGGCCAUAAUCUCUGCCAGUGCGCUUCCACAGGGGGACAGCAGGGUGGCGCUGGAGAGGGCUCUCAUCAGCCAUGAGGCAGAGAGGAGAAAGAAGCUGCGUUUCCACCCUCGCCAGCUCUAUCCUGCUGCUAAACAGGGGGAGCUACACAAAGUGCUGCUCAUGUUGAUGGAUGGGAUCGAUCCCAGCUACCAGACAGACAUUCAGAGCAAGAAAACAUCCCUGCAUGGGGCAGCACAGAGAGGGUGCCUGGCUAUCUGUCACAUCCUUUUGCAGGCAGGCGCAAACAUAGACGCCCAGGACAAGAGCCUGAAGACUCCACUGCUGGAGGCCAUCGCCAACAAUCACCUGGAGGUGGUGCAAUACCUGGUGAAGCAUGGAGCCAGCGUGCAUCAUGCGGAGGAGGACGGCUCCACUGGUCUGCAUCACGCUGCUAAGAUCGGGACCCUGGAGUUGGUGAAGUUGCUGCUGGCUACAGGAAAAGUGGAGGUCAACGCACAGGACAGUGGUGGAUGGACUCCUAUAAUCUGGGCUGCAGAGCACAAGCACAUUGACAUCAUCAGAGCUCUGUUGGCCAGAGGGGCCAAUGUCUCUGUGCAGGAUAAGGAGAUGAAUGUGGUCCUGCACUGGGCCUCCUUCGCUGGCUGUGCUGACAUCGCAGAGGUCCUGCUGAACGCUCAGUGUGAUCUGCACGCUGUGAACAUGCAUGGAGACACGCCUCUGCACAUAGCAGCACGGGAGAGCUACCACGACUGCGUCAUCCUGUUCCUGUCCCGUGGGGCGGAUAUCGAGAUGCGCAAUAAAGAGGGGGACACGCCCCUGGACCUGACCGUGCCACACUCCCCGGUGUGGUUCACCCUGCAGCUCAACAAGAAGCUGAGGCAGGGGGUGCAGAACAGGGUGACCAGGACAGAGAAAAUCAUCAGCAGGGAUGUCGCUCAGGGCUAUGAGAACGUGCCGAUCCCCUGUGUGAAUGGAGUGGACGAGGAGCCCUGCCCUGCAGACUAUAAGUACAUCUCUGAGAACUGUGAGACCUCCACCAUGAACAUAGACAGGAACAUCACACACCUACAGCACUGUGGCUGCACUGAUGAUUGCUCCUCUAGUAACUGCCUAUGUGGACAGCUGAGUAUUCGCUGCUGGUACGACAAGGACCGGCGUUUGCUGCAGGAGUUCAAUAAGAUCGAGCCCCCGCUGAUUUUUGAGUGCAAUCAGGCCUGCUCAUGCUGGAGGUCCUGCAAGAACAGAGUGGUGCAGGGGGGCAUCAAGGUUCGAUUGCAGCUGUACCGCACUGCGAAGAUGGGCUGGGGAGUGAGGGCUCUCCAGGAUAUCCCACAAGGCACCUUCAUCUGCGAGUACGUCGGGGAGCUGAUUUCAGACGCAGAGGCCGAUGUAAGAGAAGACGAUUCCUACCUGUUUGACCUCGACAACAAGGAUGGGGAGGUGUACUGUAUUGACGCCCGUUACUAUGGAAACAUCAGUCGCUUCAUCAACCACCUGUGUGACCCGAACAUCAUCCCAGUGCGAGUGUUCAUGCUGCACACAUACACGGGGCAGGAGCUGGGGUUCGAUUACGGAGAUCGAUUCUGGGACAUUAAGAGCAAAUACUUCACCUGCCAGUGUGGAUCUGAGAAGUGCAAGCACUCCGCUGAGGCCAUCGCCCUGGAGCAGAGCAGACUGGCUCGCCUAGAGAUCCUGCAGGACCCAGUGCCUGAUUCUGGGAUGCCUCUCUUAGGAAACCCUUGAAGCUUCAGAUUUCGGCCUAACAGCUAGGCCUUGUGCGACCUGUUUUUUUUUUUUUGUUUGUUUUUUUUUGUAUUUUCUUCUAUGUGUGCGCUGUCCACUUCACUACGCCUUUCCAUUGUUUGACUUUGCAUUAAUUAAUGCAUUAAUUUUGCAUUAAUUUUUUUUUUUUUAUAAAACGCUUUUAAAUUUCACUAUGACUGUUUUAACGUGUUGGGUUUUUUUGACCUUAAAAACUAAAUGAAACCACAGUUAAAAAUGGAAUCACGGCCAAAAUUACUUUUAUUAUGAAUUGUGUGGUAAUAAAAAAAAUAAAAUAAAAAGUUCAGAUCAA